AUGAGUCAGUUCUUCAAGUUUCGAGAAUGUAAUGUCCUUUCGAUAUACAAGCUUGCAAAACAGAAAACCUUCUCUUCUUUCAUUUGUGGACAGGUGCAGCCUCGUUCUGUUUGUAAUGAUAAAUGCCCUUUGGGUUACCAUAAAGCAAAGAAGGAAGGGGAGCCAUUUUGUUGCUAUGACUGCAUUCAAUGUCCUGAAGGGAAGGUUUCCAACCAGAUGGACAUGGAUGACUGCCUUCAGUGCCCACAAGAUCAUUACCCAAACAUGGAACGGGAUUCAUGCAUGCCGAAGGACAUCAGUUUCUUGUCUUAUGGAGAACCUUUGGGGAUUGCUUUGGCAGUUCUUUCUCUUUCCCUUUCUUUCUCAACAACUUUGGUGCUCUGGGUCUUCAUUAAGCACAGGGACACUCCCAUAGUCAAAGCCAACAACCGGAACCUCACCUACACUCUCCUCACCUCCCUCCUUCUUGCCUUCCUUUGUGCUUUUCUAUUUAUUGGUCAACCAGGGAAAGUGACCUGUCUCCUUCGGCAAACAGCAUUUGGCAUCAUCUUUUCAGUGGCAGUUUCUUGUGUGUUGGCCAAGACAAUCAUUGUGGUCCUUGCUUUCAGGGUCACCAAACCAGGUUCCAGGAUGAGGAAAUGGGUGGGGAAACAGCAGGCCACCUCCAUUGUUCUUUCCUGCUCCCUGAUUCAAGCUGUUCUUUGUUGCGUAUGGCUGGCAACGUCUCCACCAUUCCCAGAUUUGGAUAUGCACUCUGUGUCUAAAGAAAUUGUUCUGGAAUGUAAUGAAGGGUCAGUCACCAUGUUCUAUAGUGUCUUGGGGUUUUUGGCCUUGUUGGCUGUUGUCAGCUUCACAGUGGCCUUCCUAGCCAGGAAGUUACCUGACAGUUUUAAUGAAACCAAGUUCAUCACCUUCAGCAUGUUGGUUUUUUGCAGUGUGUGGCUGUCCUUUGUCCCCACUUAUCUGAGCACAAGAGGAAAAUAUAUGGUGGCUGUGGAGAUCUUCUCCAUCUUAGCCUCCAGUGCUGGUGUCCUAAGCUGCAUAUUUUCUCCAAAAUUCUACAUUAUUGUGUUGAGAUCUCAACUGAACUGCAAGGAGCAACUAAAAAGAAGAAAGGAUUGA